AUGGUUAGUUGGAGCUUUGGCCAGAUACUCUCCCCCAACCUCCACCUCACCCCGCCUCACCCCGCCUCACCAGUGAUAACCGUAAUAAUAACCAUCAAAGUCGAUAGGGGAGCAUUACGGCGAUUUGAGAUGCAGCCACAUGAAAAGAAACAUCUUGAACACGCCAGAAUGCAAUACUACGCGUUGCCAUUUACUCUGGAGAAAACAGGAAGAUACUUUGCGGUAGGCUCCCCCUGUUCAUAUCUUGGCUUUCUCCUUCGCCAAAAUAUACUGUCUCCCAAAACCGCCAGAAUGAUCCAAAUUACUCCUGAAUUAGGCUCUCCCAUUGGGUUUAGGUGGAAAGCCCUGCGGAUGUUAAUAUGCAUGCGUGUAGAUGUUUGGAUGAUAAAAAUGUGGAGAGAGGCUAAGAGCGAGGUGGAGCUCGGGCUAGGGCUAUUCCAACUCCAACCCCACUACUUUUCGUCGCCCAUGAAUCUCCAGAAUAUGCGCGUUGGCGGUAACACGGCGCAUCAACAAACAAGCAAGACCUGUUGGACCUCCCCAGCCAUUUCUACCGACUCUUUUGACAGGAAUUCAACUCUUGAGGGGAUAAAAAUUGCAGCCAUAGAUCAUAUUCUAAGCCCGACCACUGCUUCCAGCGAGGUGGGCUUCCAACGGGCCGUACUACGGUCCGUACAAAUACGAACGUACCAAGUUUCGGAAUUAGGUGUUACGACCCAGGACAAGAUCAAUCCUAUGACUAUUAUUGGUGGAACACCUCUUAGCAGCACAGGCGACUUUGGCACGGAUCGCGCGGAGUCGCCCAGAGCCCGCAACUAUGUAAUAGCGGUCACUGCGACAAUGGAUCCAAAUGCGGUAGGAAUCCACUCAGAGGCAUAUGGGAGUGCGUGGGGACUCAAUGACCUGGGAAUUCCAUUGACACCUAUAGGCCUUGUACGAAGGAUAUCAGAAAACUACCGAGCUAGCUACGGGAGAGAGGUGCAACUAAAUACAUGGGGGAAUAGGGGUCGAGGCCGAUACGGGGACCCUUCAGAUAGGUUCUGGGUAGUAAGCAGCAAGCUUUUAGACCUCUUUGCUUAUAACGUCUUUCCCUGGGUCGCCGGACGCACGCUGUCAACGGACAAGAUUAUGGGUUUCACCUCUAAGAUCUCUCCCUUGCAAGUCUAUCGACAUAUAAUCAAUAUAUCACUGUUCUAUGGCCAUCUCUCCUCCAUGAAACCCUGUGCAAUUGGAAUUAUCGCGUCUGUUGGUCAUGCUGUCGAUCGUUUCACUGACGCCAUCAAUCGCCACUUCAGCGGUUCUCCCUUGCUCAAUUGCAGCUGUGGGAGUUUCUUCGAAGCUCGGAGGGUCAGAAGGGAUGUGCUACAAGGAAAGAAUAUAGCUUCAAGCCUUGAAGGCACUCUGACCAUAGGUGAUGCAUUCCGAGAGUUUCGCCGAGCGGAAGAGAAGGUGGCGAUAGCCACUUGGCUUGCAUGGUCUACCUCAGCCUUAUCGUAUUAUACUGUAUUUUAUCCUCACGCUUUUAGCGGCUUGUGGCGCACCGCAGAAGGCUCCAGAACUUUCUAUAACGGGAGACCGGUCCCUGCGCACCCGCUAAUGCCUUUCGGAACGAGCCUUGUGAAUCCCGCUUCGAGGGUAAAGGGCGUUAGUUGGUCCAGCGUUGGGAGAGGAGAGAACCUUUCGUUUCAAGAGGCCUCUCCGCGGCUAGCGUACAAUCUACCAAUCGCAAGAAUCGGGGGCUAUCCUGCGCAUGCUGUUGAUGUGUUGUCUGUUGUGUGUUCUAUAUGGAUCUGGAGUGCAGGAUUUGGUCCGGAUAUGAGGGAUUUUCGUGUGUUUGCGUGGCUCAGCCUGUGGCUGGCGUGUGGCUCUAGCGUUGAGAGGGGGCGGAAGAACCUUUCGGAACUUUCGUUCCUUCAGCCUCCCCAGCGAACUCCGCAACCAAAGAAAACUUGUAUACACGGCCAAAUUGUCUCCUCGCACUGCUAUGCCGCACCUCUGCUACGCCGCACCUCUGCGUCCUCGCUCAUCUGCUUCCUCGCUCGUCCCCAAUAG